AUGCCGCUCUGUCUCACCUUCAUCGACUUGAAGAAGGUCUUCGACUCAGUUGAGACGGAAACGGUCAUGGAAGCCUUAAACAACCAAGGCGUCCCUACUCAGUACAUAAAGCUGAAUCUGCAAAAUUAUGCGAAACGGAUGGGUCUCGGAUGCCCCAUUCACGCUCAACGGGACGAACAUAUCCGAAUGCACCAGAUAGCAGCCACGAUCUUAGCACACGAAUCGGACGUUCUGGCGCGAAAAACAUUGGAAGCUUUUCAUAUCACGGCCAAAAGUCCUAUCAUGAAUCGUAAAGAAGAAUGCAUUGCUGUGACGAACGAUCUGGCUCCAUACCAAGAUCUUUGCCGGUUUUGCCCUACGGGGUCAGAGGCGGGGGCAUCGUUACUAGUUACUACUAGCGGCGCAACUCUAACAACUGGUGGUCCGCUAACAUCACGAUUUCGUGGCUAUCAAGCACAAGAUGCGCUCCGACGAUUCCACCACUAUGGUUUGAACAAUAUUUACGGGAUUAAAUCGCUGAACAGACGACACAUCGCAUCAUUCCCGAUCAUUCAUGCAGUGGACACGUUAGACCCUAAUGGGACCCUUGUUGCCGAAGAUACCCAGUCGACAGUUUUCACAGUGGAUCCAGACAUUCCGGAUGGGAUGCUGGAAGAAUUUCCCAACACGAAGCAUACAUACAUUGGCUCGGUGAAAGUUCCGAAAAAGUCGCAAUCGUUUCUUUCAAGAGGGGAAAAUUCUGGGAAACAUGUGGAUGUUACGGAUCGCCUCGCUAAUUUUGGUGCACACAAAGGGAUGUCAGUACAGUUGAUUGAGAUCAGAAAAGUCAAGCGAGUCGGCGGAGGUUAUCCGUACGGGCCAAAGAAUUUCAGCGUCACCGAGUUCAUGCCUCCACUCCGCGCUGAAAAGCCCACCGAAGGGAUCGAGGAAAUUGUUUUCAAGACUCACUACUAUCAUAAAAAGAAUCAGUCAAUCAGUUCGGACGUUGAGGAUAUUUGGGCUGUUCAGGUAGGAUUUGUUUUCCUUAAAUAUGGUAAAGAAAAAGUAUAA